GACACCUCUCCUUGAACUGACGCAGCUUCAAACCCCUCUACAUUAACAACUCGUACACCAAUCCCCAUAUCUAGAAACACAAAUUGUUCAAUAUGCCCGCCUACAACAGCAUAUUCAACGAAGACUCCUCCACUCCUCUCCACCUAAUUGGAAACUUUCCUCUCCUUCCCCUCCGCACAAAAGUCCGCGGACCCGCUUACACACUCCCUCUCGAUCCCUCUCUCCCAGCACAUCUCUCUCCAGAGCCCGAUUCCGAAUCCUACGAUGCAUUAGACGAGGUACUUUCGCUCUUCCGCGCCAAUACAUUUUUCCGCAAUUUCGAAAUUCAAGGGCCCCCAGAUCGUCUUUUGAUUUAUGGAAUUCUAUGGGUUAGCGAGUGUAUCGGGAAGGUGAGACCGAAGAUGGAGUUUAGGGAGGCGCAGAAGGAGGUCCAGAAUAUUGCGCUGGAUAGCAACUUUGCCAUUCCCGGAGAGCCAGGAUUUCCUUUGAAUCAGAUGUUCGAAGCACCUGCCUCAAGACAAGAAGCCGAAACCCUCCGACAGUAUCUAGGACAAGUGCGUCAAGAAUUGGCAAGUAGAUUGUUAGCACGCAUUUACGAUACCGAGGAUAGGAUGCCAAGUAAAUGGUGGUUGAGCUUCACGAAGAGGAAGUUCAUGGGGAAGAGUUUGUGAGGAGAUCUGUAGAUAUGAAUUGGAGCUGCUUGAAAAAUGGAAGAUGACGUUGCAAGUUGAGAGCAUGCAUUUGUUAGGGAGUUGGCGGUGUUAUUAUGGGCGAUACAAAGAUACAGUUGUAGUUACGAAACGAAGUUAGGUGGAGGUGAAUAACCGAGAGAAAAGGAUAGGCAGGCGAAGCUCACCAAUCUUCAAGACUACCUUACCCAAUACAAUAUCGAUUCUGUACUUCA